AUGGCAGACGUCGGAACUAAAUUUGGCUCAUCUAGCUCGCUAACUAUGAAGACAGAAGUCUGCGUCGCUUGUCAAAAGGUGGUCUAUCCUAUGGAUAUCUCCAAGGCUGACGACAAGGUCUUUCACAAGAGUUGUAUUCGAUGUGGUCAUUGUAACAAAGUCUUGUCUUUGGGAAACUAUGCUGCUCUGAACGGUGUCUUUUAUUGCAAACCUCACUUUAAGCAACUGUUUGCCAUGAAGGGUAACUACACUGAUGGUUUCAAGGCCAGUGAAGAGAACCGUACUGCAUCCAAUGCUGCAUUAGACAAAAAGGAAGAAGCAGUGGAAGAAGUCAUCGAGCCAGUCAAAAUCGUAGCUGAAAUCAAAGCAUCUUCAGAACCAGACAACCGUGGCUCUCAAGCCAACAAGGGAACCGUCGCAUCCCUCUCAUCUGCCUUCACCAACGAAUCAUCAGACCGUGGCUCACAAGCAACAAGGGGCACCGUCGCAGCACUCUCAUCAGGAUUCUUGAAGGAUGAAGCAAAAACCGAACAGAGCAAAACCCCACCGCCAAAACCAGCUAAAUUGUCCAAGACCUUUGGAGCUGCGUCUGAAUCAUCCCCUGAUUCACCACAAACUGCUGUCGUUGAAUCACCUGUUAAUGGAGGCAAGACAAUGGCCAAAGUUAUGCCUCAGACUGUUGAGGAGUUGCAGGCCUUGUUGCGUUUGAGGGAUGAUGAGAUCUCGAUGCUUAAACGUGAAUUGGAGUCUCAACGCGAGACUUAUGAACGACGAUUGGCAGCUUGA